AUGUACAAGCCAAUGUUUUACGCUGCGAAGUCGCGACUUCGACUCUGGGGUGUGCUGGAUUUGCGAUGUGCAUCGAGCGGGUGUCAGGUAAGCUCUCACGGCCGUGUCUCGACUGCCACCGGCAAAGUUCACUUUGGGCAGGCGAACGACUCAGGGUACCUCAAGGCGAGGUUUGAUGGCCAAGACUACUACGUGCAUCGGCUAGUGGCCACCGCAUUUCUGGGUCCGCCACCGGAUCCGACGUGUUGGCAGGUGAACCACAUAGACGGCAAUCCGGCAAACAACUUUGUGGCAAAUCUGCAAUAUGUAACUCCAGCCGAGAAUCAGAGGCAUUCGUGGGCAAACAACCCGAAUCGACAGCAAGGGAAUGCCAAGCUGAGCAAGGCCGUCCUCUGGCGCCCUUUUGGCAUGCAGGCUUGGACAUUCUCUGCCUCGCAGAUUGAAGCUGCAAGGACUGGGAAGACGUGGCUUGUACACCGUGCGGUGGCUGCGACCUUUCUUGGUCAGCCAGACACUGCAGAUAUCCAGGUCAACCACAAAGACUUUGAUAGAGGGAACAACCACAUGCAAAACUUGGAAUAUGUCUCAUGCUCAGAGAACAUCACACAUUCUUGGCAAAGGAGGGCUGGAAAUGCGCGCAGCCGAGCUGGCAAGGCCGUUCAAGCCCGCUCGAUUGCCUGCGCCUCGUCUACGGGCCCUUGGCUGGACUUUGACUCAAUGGCUGCUGCAGAGCGACAUACAGGUAUCCACUGGGCCAAAAUCGAUCGCAUUUGCAGGGGACUUGUCCCUGGUGUUGGCUGGGAUUUCAAGUUUGUUGAUGACGUGCAGAUUCCUGCCGUCAAAAGGUCUUGGGGUGUUUCCGGUUCAGAUCCUCCCCUGCAAAAAGAAGUGGAGAGGCGCUGGACCGAAGCCAGCCAGGCGUGGACGCAGGUCCUAGAGCUUGCGACGCCAAUGUUCGGCGCAGGCCACGAGAGAACGGUGGAGCACCAGCUUCGACUAAAGCGUGCUGAGCGGCUCGCGCGGUGGCAGCGGAACAUGCGCAUGGGCAUCUGGGCCGUGACGCUCAUCGUGCCCGUGGGCUUCGGCUGGUCCUGGUACCGAAACGCAGAGCAGACGGCCUUUGGUCAAGCGUGGG